CUCCCAGGACCCUGCAUUCACUAUAUCUGGUCUCCCCGGACCCUGCAUUCACUAUAUCUGGUCUCCCCGGACCCUGCAUUCACUAUAUCUGGUCUCCCCGGACCCUGCAUUCACUAUAUCUGGUCUCCCAGGACCCUGCAUUCACUAUAUCUGGUCUCCCCGGACCCUGCAUUCACUAUAUCUGGUCUCCUCCUGACCCUGCAUUCACUAUAUCUGGUCUCCCAGGACCCUGCAUUCACUAUAUCUGGUUUCCCAGGACCCUGCAUUCACUAUAUCUGGUCUCCCCGGACCCUGCAUUCACUAUAUCUGGUCUCCCCGGGCCCUGCAUUCACUAUAUCUGGUCUCCCAGGGCCCUGCAUUCACUAUAUCUGGUCUCCCAGGACCCUGCAUUCACUAUAUCUGGUCUCCCAGGACCCUGCAUUCACUAUAUCUGGUCUCCCAGGACCCUGCAUUCACUAUAUCUGGUCUCCUCCUGACCCUGCAUUCACUAUAUCUGGUCUCCCAGGACCCUGCAUUCACUAUAUCUGGUCUCCCAGGACCUUGCAUUCACUAUAUCUGGUCUCCUCCUGACCCUGCAUUCACUAUAUCUGGUCUCCCAGGACCCUGCAUUCACUAUAUCUGGUCUCCCCGGACCCUGCAUUCACU